AUGUUUUUCCGAAGAUUACGGCGACAUUUAAAUAAUCGAAAUACCACUGGUAACCGUGAUGGUAACCGUGAUACACGUCCACGGAUUUUUCCUAAUGGUGCCCAUAUCCUUAUUAUUGGUAUGCUUAUACCAUCUUUUCUUUGGACAUUUGCUUUGGUUUUAUAUCCACCCUCAGUAUUUACAGGAAACUUCCCUAAUUCAAAUGUUUUUCUUUUAACGGCUCACCCGGACGACGAAUCCAUGUUUUUUGGACCAACUUUACAUCGCCUUAGCAAAAAUAAUGUAAGUGUAAAUAUCAUAUGUUUUUCAACAGGUGAUAAUGAAGGUAUUGGGCACGUUCGCAAAGCCGAGCUUGAAGCAGCAGUUUCUUAUUUUGGAUCCGAAAAAAAUCCGGUAAACCUUCUUCAGAUCGUUGAUAAACCAAAUAUAUUUCCUGAUUCGAUGACUGUUGAAUGGAAUUCCACACUUUUAGCUCUGCAUACAAAAGAUAUCAUAGAGUCAUACAUUUCACCUGAGAAUAAAGACUCCAUUAAUAUUUUAACAUUUGAUUACUUUGGAGUAUCUGGACAUGCAAAUCACAGAGCUCUUUUUCAUGCAGCAAAAUUAUUGUCUGAUGAAUCACGAAUUGCUGCUUACUCUUUUAAACCAGAAAAUGGUGGUUCUACUACAAAACGCGAGGAGGAAAGUAUUUUACCCCAAAAUGUUGUUAGUACAAAAUACCAUGUAUGGACAUUAAAAUCAGUACCGAUUUACCGAAAAUAUAUUUUUGUGCUUGAUUCUUUCAUUAGCUAUUUAUCAUAUUUCGCAAGCGAAGAAGCCUUAAAAAAGAAGUCUUUUACAAUUGUUUCUAGUUUCGAGGAAUAUUCUAAAACACUUUCUGCUAUGACUAAGGCUCAUGUCUCUCAAAUGAAAUGGUUUCGCUAUGCAUGGACCAUAUUUUCAAGAUAUAUGGUUGUUAAUGAUAUUAAUCUUUUAGAUGAAGAAUACAAUUUAGGUUUCUAA